GUGCGUGCGUGUGUGUGAGUGAAAGAGAGUGUGCGUGCUGGCGCGCGCGCGCCCUUUGCAAUCCCAAAAUUAAUGGCCAUGAGUUCUUUCUUGAUCAACUCCAACUAUGUGGACCCCAAAUUCCCACCAUGCGAAGAAUAUUCCCAGCACGAUUACCUUCCCAGUCAUUCUCCGGAAUAUUUCAGCGGCCAGAGGCGAGAGGAGAACUCUUUCCAACACGAGCCGUUGUACCCAGCGCGGUCCGCCUGUAACCAACCAUCCUAUGCUCCAUGUCAGGGCUCUGGGCACCAAGCAUCGGUCCUAUCUCCCAGGAGCCGGCAUGUCCAUGCUCCAGCUGGACUUCAAAACCACCUCUCCGAACCAAACCACACUUGCGAAUCCAUCACGCCAAGCCCACCGCCCUCCUGUAGCCAAAAGUCUCUCAACCAAAGCCCGACCUCUUGCAAAGAACCGGUAGUUUAUCCUUGGAUGAAGAAGGUUCAUGUUAGCACGGUCAACCCCAACUAUACGGGAGGAGAGCCGAAACGUUCCAGGACAGCCUAUACCCGCCAGCAAGUGCUGGAGCUGGAGAAAGAAUUCCACUACAAUCGCUACCUCACCCGGAGGCGAAGGGUGGAAAUUGCCCACUCCCUUUGCCUGUCGGAGCGCCAGAUCAAGAUAUGGUUUCAAAACAGGAGAAUGAAAUGGAAAAAGGACCACAAGUUGCCCAAUACCAAGAUCCGGUCUAAUUCUGCUGCCAACUUGCCGGUGCAAGGCGGGGGUGGGGGUGGGGGUGGAGGAGGAGGAGGAGGAGGAGGAGGUCCCCAGCAGGACCGAACCAAUGGACCAACCCCUAACCCCACCACCAAUCUAUAACCGUCCUUUGAGCGUGGUCUCUCUGUGUGUUUGGGGGGGGGG